AUGGAUGUUCACAACGCAUUUUUACACGGCGAUCUUCGCGAAGAAUUCUAUAUGAAGUUGCCUCCAGGGUUCUCUGCUGCUCACCCUAACAAGUCUCUAUCCGAUUACUCUCUGUUCACGUUGGUUCGAGGUGCAGUUCGCAUCAACAUCUUGAUUUAUGUCGAUGACUUUAUAAUUUCGGGAAGUUCACCAAAGGCGACUCAAGAUUUCAAGGACUACUUAGCUUCUUGUUUUCACAUGAAGGACUUGGGUCCUCUAAAGUAUUUUUUGGGAAUUGGGGUAGCAAGAAAUUCCAAAGGCAUUUACAUCUGUCAGCGCAAAUAUGCGUUAGACAUAAUCUCUGAAACUGAUCUUGCGUUUUAUGUGCAUAUGUUAGCCCGGUUUAUGCAACAGCCUCGUACAAAUCAUUGGGAGGCUGCAUUACGUCUUGUUCGCUAUCUCAAGUCCGAUCCUGGUCAGGGGGUUCUGCGUCGUAGCACAGGUGAUUUUCAAAUCACGGGCUGGUGUGAUUCUGAUUAUGCAACUUGUUCUCUCACUCGUCGUUCGGUUACUGGUUACAUUGUUCAGCUCGGCGACUCUCCCAUUUCCUGA